CCGCCCUUCACUCGGCCGCCGGAGUGAGGGCGCUUGGGUCCGAGCCCGUUCUCUCCGUCGUCGUAACUCGGGUGUUGUUGUCUCCAUAAGGCACGAGUGACGGUCGUUUGCGGAUAAGAAAUACGACGAGAAAGGACAGCUCACAGGUCGAAUUGCGAUGUUCAUAAUAGACUAAUUGUAGGCAAGACGGAAGACGGAGCUGUAUGGCUUUCUUAAAACGUUGAAACAUUUUGGAAAAUAAUUCCUUUUUGCAUCUGGAAAAAAACGGGAAAAACUGAUUUAAACAAUACAGAAAACGAAGUAUGUUUAUUUAGUGGAAAAAAAGAGAAGAAAUGGCUUUUAUAACCAUUUUGUUCACAGCAUCCGGUGUGCAUGAGUCCCCGUGCUUGUUCAUCUGCAGCUCCUACGCCUGCGAGUAUGUGUUCCUCAUUUCCUUUGGCGUCUCCGUCCUGCUGGUGGUGGCUUCCCUCGUCUGUGCUGUCGUCUUCAGACUCCAGUACAAUCAUCUUUUCCUAAAGAUAAAAAAAUUCCAGCAGCAGCAGAUUCCUCUGUCCGUGUGUUCUGCCGCCGCCCACGAACAGGAAGAACACAUCUAUGAAGAGGUCUCGAAUGUCGAAGGAUUUCAAGACCGCUCUCAAGAUUACUGUCAUGAUAGUGAGAACAGUGUCUAUGAAGAUAAUGCAUGACCAUUAUUCACGCUUUUUUUUUUAGUGUCGUUCCCCCAUUUAUCUCUUUGUUUGUUCAUUAUUUAUUUAGUUAUUUGGCAUUUUUUGUGUAGUUCCCCCUUUUAUAUA